GUACGUGGUGCAGAAGUAGCCGCGCGUGGCCACCACAACGGCGUGCUAGACUUGUCGGUAUGAUAAAUAAGUGAAACGCCCUGUACAAGUUCUGUAAGUUUCAACAACAACAACAACAAGAAAGCAGCAACAGCAACAGCUCUAUGAAAUAUAUGCAAUCUAAAGCCAAUCUCAGUGAACAAAAAGUGUUUUUUAAUUAACAAAUAAAGAAGAAGAAAACAAAAAGGUGUCGCAGGAUUUCUAUAAGCCAAAUAACACUAAUCAAGUGCUGGGCCAAGCAAGUGUCUCAAUACAUGUAUAUCUCAAGGCAAAAGUGUAAACAAAAUAAAUCAAGGAAACAUAAAAAGAAAAUAAAUGUCGCUAUUUUUCUCAGCUAACGUAUUUUUGUUCAACAUAAUGAAGUUUCACAAACUGAUUCUGAUCAGAAACAGAAAACUCGUAACGUUGCGCGUUUGUUUUCAUAUAAGUUUACACGUAGGAUUAAGGUGCGCUCUCUGACUAGAGACAUUUAAUAUCAUCCAAAAUGGCCGCAUCCAUAUAUGCCACCCCACCGCCGGAUCUGAGCAGCGAGGAUACAGCGCUCUCCGAUGUCUCCAACUCAUCCACACUCAACACAAAUCGCGGCGGCGGCGGCAGCAGCAACAACAGCAGCACCAACACCAGCAACAACAACAACAACAGUCACACACAUGAAGCCACAGCAGCAGCAGCAGCAACCACUGCAGCUACUAGAGCAAUGUCACCCACUCUGGAAGCGGAGUCUAAGCCACUUGGAAGCAACACAAAUGAGACAGACAUGGCAGCAGUCGAGGAUGAGGUCGAGGGCGAAGCCGAGGCCGACGGCGAGGGCGAGGGCGAGAACGAGGCAGCUGACGGUCUGGAUCAGACGGCGAUGGCUGCAAUGGCUGCAGCAGCAGCUAACGCAGCAGCCAUGCAGCUGCAGCUGCUCGAGGCGCUCAACGAUGCGGCCAAGAAGCGGCGCAAGCAACACAAUCCCAGUCGUCUGGAGGCGCUCAAUCUGAGCGGCGGCGAGCAGGAGGAGGGAGCCGCAACGGGCGCUGCGUCAGCGGGUCAGCUGGACUCAGCGACAAUCGACUACGAGGAGAAGCUGUCGAAGAUGUUGCUGCCCAAGUCCAUAGAGAAGCUAAAGGAGACAUUCGAGCUGCUGCAGCAGCAAAAGCUGCAGCCCGAAGACAUAUCAGAAGCGGAGGAGAAACAGCAACAGCAACAGGAGGAAGAGCAGCAGCAACAACUAAUUAAUCCCUAUCAGACCUACUGCAAGCAGUGCGGCGAGAACUUCGAGACUGAGUUCAAGCUCAGUCUGCACAUGUUGCAGGAUCAUCAGCAGACACAGCAGCAACAUCAACAGCAACAACAGCAGCAGCAGCAGCACCAGCAACAGUUGUCGUCUGACGAGCCCAUGGACUUGCUGGCCUCCAUCAAAGUGAAGCUGGAGCGCGCUGAGAGCCCCUCGCAGCUGGAGCUGCAGCAGCAACAGCAGCAGCUGGAGCUGGCCAACGGGCAUGCCGGCAGCAACAAGGAGCACGAACUUUGGCUACAGGCCAUGGCUCAGCAACAGCAGCAGCAGCAGCAACAGCAGCAACAGCACCAACAGCAGCAGCAACAGCAACUGCCCGGCAUGCCGCCCGCUUUUCCCUUUCCGCCAGAGGCUGCACUUGGCUGGCCACUUCUGGGCAUGCCUGGCUUUGCCGGCGUCGAUGGACUCAAUCGUCCGCCGUUGCGCAUCUUCAAUCCGGAGGCCUACUGCGAGCUCUGCAACAAGGAGUUCUGCAACAAAUACUUUCUGAAGACGCACAAGGCCAACAAGCAUGGCAUCUUUGAUCCCGCCGGCGACUUGAGCACGCCCAACAACAAUAUCAGCACCCUCAGCAACAACAACAACAACAACAGCAGCAGCAACAACAACCACAGCAACAGCAACAACAUUGGCAUCAGCAACAUCAACAACAACAACAGCAACAGCAGCUCAGCUUCCAUCUUUCCAACGCUGCAAAUGCCACGUGAGCCGCCGCCACAGAAACCUGAGCCACAACUGACACCACCCGCACCACCGGCAGUGCACUGCGACAUCUGCUCCAAGCGCUUCACCAACGUCUUUGCCAUGCGCCGCCAUCGCGCCAAGCAGCAUGAGCAGGCCACGCCCACUGCCUCACCGACGCCCAACGAGCAGACGCCGUCCACCGCACAGUCGGCGGUCAAGCAGGAGCCCACGCCGGAAGCUUUAGCCGUGCCGGAACAGAAGCCGUACCAGUUGCCCGAAGGAUUUCGCGAGGACUUCACGCUCGAGCAGGAGGAGGUGGCCUUUGCGCCGCCGCCUCGCAAGCUGCCCAGUCAGCUGCAGCAGCAGGCGCGCGACUCCAACUGGGCGCCAGAGAAGCUGCGACGGCUCGGCGUUCAGCUGCCGGAGGCAUUCUGUGAGCUGUGCUGCAAGGAGUACGCCAAUCGCUACUUCUUGCGCACGCACAAAUGGAAGCGUCACGGCGUCUUUGUGCCGCCCGAGGAGCUGGGCAAGGAGGAGCAGUCGCUGAUGCCCGCUGGCUGGCCAUUCAUGCCACUGAAUCUGAUGCUGGCCAAGGCAGCUGCCGAGCAGGAGCAGCAGCAGGACGACGAACAGCAGCCGCCGCAGCAGCCGCAGCAGCAGCAGCAGCUAGAGGAGCAGCCCAGCAAGCGCAUCAAGCUGGAGCCCUACGACGAGACGACGCCGCCACAGGACAAGCUGGACAACUCCGUGGUGGGUCUGCAGAAUCUGCAGAAGCUGCAAUCGAUGCUGCAGCAGCUCAACGACUUCAAUGGCAAACGCCCGCUGCCCUGUCACCUGUGCGGCCGGGAGCUGGAGCAUCAAUAUGCCCUGCGUGCCCAUUUGAUGACGGAGCAUGCCGGACAGCUGCUGCCCGAGGGACAUCCCAUGCUCUACCAGCAACAGCAACAGCAGCAGCAGCAACAACAGCAGCAGCAGCAGCAGCAGCAACAGUUGCCGCUGAAGCUCUCGCCAGUGGCCGGUGCUGGGGGCUCACCCAACGCGGCCACGCCCACCCCCAACGAGCUGCGCUGCCAGACGUGCGAGCGCGACUUUGCCAACUCACAGGAAUUCAAGCAACAUAUCGCCGAGGUGCAUCUGGGUCGUCUGCCCGGCAGCAGUCCGCUUCGCGAGGGCUUCUACACGCCGGAACGUGUGACGGUUGCCGCUGCGGGUGGCGCCGCUGGAGGCGCGGCACCCGGCACACCGCGUGCCGCCUACACCAUCACGCCCACGUCCAGCUACUGCGAGAUCUGCAACAAGGAGCUGUGCAACAAGUACUUCAUGAAGACGCACAUGCAGCGCAUGCACGGCAUCGAGAUCGAGAACGGGGCACAGAUCGGCGGCGUCGUCUGCAACAUAUGCAACAAGGAGCUCUGCAGCAAAUACUUUCUGCGCGUGCACAAGCACAACACGCACGGCAUCAUCGAGGACGGCGCUCCGCUGCCUCAGCCGCGUGGCAGUGCCCAGAACGGCCUGAAAGUCGAGGCGCAGCAGCAACAACAGCAGCAGCAACAGCAGCAGCAACAACAGCAGCAGCAACAGCAGCAGCAACAGCAGCAACAGUUGCUCGAACCGGAGAUUAACCUGACGCCGCUGCGUGGCGAAUCGAACGAGCUCUGCCCGCUCUGCGCCCGACAGUUCCGCAGCUCCAAGUGGCUGCGCACGCAUCUGAUGAACGAACACGGCGCCGCUGGCAUCGAGAAGCUGCGCGAGCUGGAGCAGUCGGCCAUCGGCAGCAGCAACAACGGCAGCAGCAAGCCCAACAGUCCCACGCUCAAGAUACCCAAUGGGAGUGCUGCGGGCGCUGCCAACAAUCUGGCCCAGGCGCUGCAGAACGCCCAGCAGCAGCUGUUCGGCCAGAUGCAGCUGCCCAAAGGGAUGCCGCUGCCGCUGCCCUUGCCGGGCAUGUUCGAGCAGACGCCACGCUUCAAGGAAUACCAAUGCUCACUGUGCCCCUUCACCACGCCCUACUACGCAUUCCUCUUCAUACACGAGCGCUCCCAUGCGCUGCUCAACAAUGGCGGCAACGAUGGCAACGACGCUCCUCUGGAGGCGGAGCGGGAGAGAGCCUUCGGCGCCGUACAGAGCAAGGCCCGGAGCAAGCCGAGCAGAGAGCGUGCCCUCAAAGCUGAACGCUCCGAAAUCGAGCCCACAAAUCUGACCACCAACAACAACAGCAACAACAGCAACAACAGUAACAACAGCAGCCACAGCAAGGCAGGCACGCCCACGACCUCGCCAGGCGCAACUGCCGCCUCGCCCAAAGCCCGUUCAGCCAGUGUGACUCCCAGCCACAACUCCAAGCCGGGCACACCCAACGGCCUGCAGGCUCAGCGUUCGGCCGCCACCUCGCCCUUCGAGCUGUGCGCGGAUCUGGCCAAUGGCAGCGGCAAGCCGGCCAGCUAUGCCCAGCCAGACAAGUCGGAGGAGGCAUACCAGAUGCAGGCCUUCCACCUGACGCCCGCUGAUGCCGAUGCCGAGGGCCUCUUUGCGCCGGCGCUCGUUUAUCUGCCAGUGCGCGUGCGCGCCUCGGAGUCGACCACACUGAGCUUCAGGCUGACACCGGCCUAAGCCCAGACAGGGCGCAGAGGUCAACAGGUACCGAACACACAGAUCACAACAACAACACCAAUGUGUUGCCAGCGUAUGUAAGUUAAGAUAAAAGAAACCCCAAAAACCGUUUUCUGCAAAAAGCAUAUACCACACGUGGUGCAAUGACACGAGCUUAAGCUGGGAUCAAACUAGAAGAGAAACAUAGAGGAAGAAAUAAUUAGAUUAUAAAAGUUUUAAGCAGCAAUAAGUUUGGUUUAUCAAAUCACAUUUAAUGCAGCUUUAAGCUCUA